UCCCCCCCCUUCUCUCUCUCUCCGAGGGGGGGGGUCCCGGGGAGGGAGGGGGGGUCCCCCGAUCAGCAUGUGGCUCCUGGCGCUGUGUCUGGUGGGGCUGGCGGGGGCUCAACGGGGGGGAGGGGGUCCCGGCAGCGGCCCAGGCCUGGGCCUCGGCAGCCUCGGGGAGGAGCGCUUCCCAGUGGUGAACACGGCCUACGGGCGAGUGCGCGGUGUGCGGCGCGAGCUCAACAACGAGAUCCUAGGCCCCGUCGUGCAGUUCUUGGGUGUGCCCUACGCCACGCCACCACUGGGCGCCCGCCGCUUCCAGCCGCCUGAGGCCCCCGCCUCGUGGCCCGGCGUGCGCAACGCCACCACCCUGCCGCCCGCCUGCCCGCAGAACCUGCACGGGGCGCUGCCCGCCAUCAUGCUGCCUGUGUGGUUCACCGACAACUUGGAGGCGGCCGCCACCUACGUGCAGAACCAGAGCGAGGACUGCCUGUACCUCAACCUCUACGUGCCCACCGAGGAUGGUCCGCUCACAAAAAAACGUGACGAGGCGACGCUCAAUCCGCCAGACACAGAUAUCCGGGACUCAGGGAAGAAACCUGUGAUGCUGUUUCUGCACGGCGGCUCCUACAUGGAGGGCACUGGGAACAUGUUUGAUGGCUCUGUCCUGGCUGCCUAUGGCAACGUCAUCGUAGCCACGCUCAACUACAGGCUUGGGGUGCUCGGUUUUCUCAGCACUGGGGACCAGGCAGCAAAAGGCAACUAUGGGCUGCUGGACCAGAUCCAGGCCCUGCGCUGGCUCAGUGAAAACAUUGCCCACUUUGGGGGCGACCCUGAGCGAAUUACCAUCUUUGGAUCUGGGGCAGGAGCUUCCUGUGUCAACCUUCUGAUCCUCUCCCACCAUUCAGAAGGACUGUUCCAGAAGGCCAUUGCCCAGAGCGGUACCGCCAUCUCCAGCUGGUCUGUCAACUACCAGCCGCUCAAGUAUACACGCCUGCUGGCAGCCAAGGUGGGCUGUGACCGGGAGGACAGUGCCGAAGCUGUAGAGUGUCUGCGCCGGAAGCCUUCCCGAGAGCUGGUGGACCAGGACGUGCAGCCUGCCCGUUACCACAUUGCUUUCGGGCCUGUGGUGGAUGGUGACGUCGUCCCAGACGAUCCUGAGAUCCUCAUGCAGCAGGGAGAAUUCCUCAAUUAUGACAUGCUCAUCGGUGUCAACCAGGGUGAGGGCCUCAAGUUUGUGGAAGACUCCGCAGAAAGCGAGGACGGCGUGUCAGCCAGCGCUUUUGACUUCACCGUCUCUAACUUUGUGGACAACCUGUACGGCUACCCGGAAGGCAAGGAUGUGCUGCGGGAGACCAUCAAGUUUAUGUACACAGACUGGGCCGACCGGGACAAUGGCGAGAUGCGGCGAAAGACCCUGCUGGCGCUCUUUACUGACCACCAGUGGGUGGCGCCAGCGGUGGCCACCGCCAAGCUGCACGCUGACUACCAAUCCCCUGUCUACUUUUACACCUUCUACCACCACUGCCAGGCUGAGGGCCGGCCCGAGUGGGCAGAUGCGGCGCACGGGGACGAGCUGCCCUACGUCUUCGGGGUGCCCAUGGUGGGUGCCACCGACCUCUUCCCUUGCAACUUCUCCAAGAAUGACGUCAUGCUCAGCGCCGUGGUCAUGACCUACUGGACCAACUUCGCCAAGACUGGCGACCCCAACCAGCCGGUGCCACAGGACACCAAGUUCAUCCACACCAAGCCCAACCGCUUUGAGGAGGUGGUAUGGAGCAAGUUCAACAGCAAGGAGAAGCAGUACCUGCACAUUGGCUUGAAGCCACGCGUCCGUGACAACUAUCGCGCCAAUAAGGUGGCCUUCUGGCUGGAGCUGGUGCCCCACUUGCACAAUCUGCACACGGAGCUCUUCACCACCACCACACGCCUGCCUCCCUACGCCACACGCUGGCCGCCUCGCCCACCCCCUGGUGCCCCGGGCACACGCCGGCCUCCGCCGCCCGCCACCCUGCCGCCUGAGCCUGAGCCUGAGCCAGGCCCCAGGGCCUAUGACCGCUUCCCUGGGGACUCACGAGACUACUCCACGGAGCUCAGUGUCACUGUGGCUGUGGGUGCUUCCCUCCUCUUCCUCAACAUCCUCGCCUUCGCUGCCCUGUACUACAAGCGGGACCGGCGGCAGGAGCUGCGGUGCCGGCGGCUUAGCCCACCUGGUGGCUCAGGCUCUGGUGUGCCUGGUGGGGGCCCCCUGCUCCCUGCUGCUGGCCGCGAGCUGCCACCAGAGGAAGAGCUGGUGUCACUGCAGCUGAAGCGGGGUGGUGGUGUUGGGGCGGACCCUGCCGAGGCCCUGCGCCCUGCCUGUCCACCCGACUAUACCCUGGCUCUGCGCCGGGCACCGGACGAUGUGCCUCUCUUGGCCCCGGGGGCCCUGACCCUGCUGCCCAGUGGGCUGGGGCCACCCCCACCUCCACCACCCCCUUCCCUUCACCCUUUUGGGCCCUUCCCCCCGCCUCCCCCUACUGCUACCAGCCACAACAACACGCUACCCCACCCUCACUCCACCACACGGGUAUAGGGGGCAGCUUGGGGAGGCCCUCCUCCCCAGCCCUCCCCGCCCAGGCGGGAAUCGCCACUCCGAAGGUAGGAAGGACUUGGCCACGGGCUUUUCUCUGAUGGAGUCAAGCUUUUCUCGUGUGGAGUUGUCACUCACAGAGGAGCAUUAAGGUGGACAUGGGUUUCCUCACUGGGAUAUGUGUUUUUUCCCAUGCAGAGAAUCCCCACCACUCUCUUCUCUGGACCUGGGCCUUUGGACAACUGUUGGGGGGGGUUCCCCCUCCACUGGGACACCAGCCUUCGGUGUGUGGAAUUGUGGGAGUACUUUCCUGCGUGGAGGUGUGCUUUUUCAUGAGGGGGUGUGUUUUCCCAUGUGCAGGGUGAGGUUUUUUUUUUGCCGCCCUGGACACAUGUUGGCCCCCUCGAAGAAUUUCUGCAGGGGUUUGUACCCCAGAAUCCUGUUCCCUCAUGCCUUCUCCCACCUCUUUCCACCUCCCCACCCCCUGGAGACCCUGGAAGUGGUGUGUUCACGUGCAGUGACCAUUGGUCACCAGACAACACAGGGUGGUGCUGGGAAGCAGUGAGGAAAUCCCAGGCCCCCUCCCCUUGCUCCCCACCCCAGUGAAGCAUGUCUAUCCCCCGUGGCACAAAUCAGACAGAACACGUUCUCCCUGGUGGGCCCGAGCCUUCCAGGGAUGAAGACGACAGACACGUUUCCUGUCGGGGGAAGGGAGCAGAUCCAUGCUUCCCUGUGCUGCCUGGGAACUUGCUUUCCUGGGGGGUCCAGGACACAUUUCUUUCAGUGGACACAUGUUCUUGCAUGUGGAUGCGUGUUUUCCCAUGCAGACGGCCCCUUUCUCCCCAGCAAUUCCCUGCACCCCACCCCAGGCCUCAGGCCCAGCACUCAAUUCCUCCCCACAUAGCAGUCAGGAACAGAUUGAAAAUGACAGAAGUUGAGGGGGAUGUACAAAUCCUGAGAGGAGGCUCUGCCCCUUGCUGCCCUAGAGAUGCUGAGUUGGAGGGUGUGGCAUGUGCCACCUACAGAGGCCAUGCAUGUUUGACCAGUGCCCUCACCCAAGGUCUGAGGACAGCCUUUUCCCUCAGUUCUUAGACCAUUGCUCAUCUGUGCCCAACUGAGGAGGUAGGUUUGAGGGGUGAAAGACCCUUUCCCCAAAUGUGCCAAGGAUUCCUCAGUCCUGGACCAGGGCAGAGGAAAUGGUGGGGCGGUGGAAUAGAGGAGUUGAAGGAGCAGCAAAAAGAGCCCAACCUGUGUCUCCCUUGUCACUAUGUCCUCUCCUCUGUUCCUUCUCCACCAUCUCUGUCUCCCCCUUUGAAUCUGUCCCCAUCUCAGACCAGCCCCUACCCCUCAGCUGCCCUCCUCUCUUCCCUCAGCCUCCAGGGCCCCAGGAAAGGAACAGUGGAAGUGAGAGCUGGGGAGAAAGGCUUCACAGGACAGGUUGGGGAGAGAAUGAGGUCAGCUGUGCUGAGGAACAGAUGGAAGGGGCAGGGGAGACGGGGCUUGGGCAGACACCAAGAAGAAUUUGAAAGGAAAUGUGUGAGGUGACUGCCCAGAGGCAACCUGAGGAGAAAGGGUUUGAGCCUCUGGGGUAAAGAACAAUGUUGGGAAGAGUUUAAGGAAAGGCAGCAGAGGAGGAGAGAAUCCUUGUCUGCUGGCAUUUAUGGGACAUCAGUGCCAAACUCGAAGGUGGGUGGGUGCUGUCUUCCGCUGACACCCAAAUCCAGAAUCCCUGGUCUUGACUUCCCAGAAUUUUGCCUCCUGACUGACUCUUCUCCUCCCACCUUCACCCAUGGAAACUUAGUUCUUUUCUGACCUCUUCCCUUGCCUGGUCCAGCUCCCUAAACAGUCAUGCCCUCCAAAUGCUAGGAACCUGGGUUCUGAACCCUGUAGACAGAUGCCCCCAGAACUGGGGCAUGGGAGGGGGGCUGGGGGACCCCAUGAUUCAGCCACGGACUCCAAUGCCCAGCCCCUCUCCCCAGAACAAUUCCCUGACAAUUCCAUAUCCCCUACCCCAACCCUUCGCGGCUCUGUACACAUUUUUAAACCUGGCAAAAGAUGAAGAGAAUAUUGUAAAUAUAAAAGUUUAACUGUUGGUU